AUGCUUCCGCCAAACACGGAUCCUGUGAUUCGCGAAGGUGUUGAUGUUCCCCCGGUCGGAGAGACUGGUCUUGAACUGGAAGGUGUUGUCGUUGAUGCAAAUAGUGACUGUACGGAAGCAUUUGAGGCUCUGUAUGGCAGUGAAGCUACAGACGAAGUCAUUGAUUGCGCAUCCGCUGAAAUUCUUGUCUUCGGCCUCCUCAACGGAGUGGGACUAGUCACCGGCUCGGGGGGACUGAAGGGAGAUACAUGA